UCCAACUGAGUUAUUUAGGUUGCAGACCCAAAAGUAAAUAGACAAAUACACGCAUCCGCUGGCUAAUCAACACUUGAAACAACCAGCUGCCAAACAAUCUCGUCUUCGAUUGAUAUAACAAAAUAAACGUAUCACUUAUGCAACUAGAGUUUUUUUUUCUUAUGUAGAACGCUCAUGUAGUAUGGGCAAAUGCGCCGCGUCGUUUUUCUCCAGAAUGUUUAUCUCGCGGAAGCGUCCUUCGCACAUGCAGGCAUUGCAGUGUGCGGGCAAAUGACCGCACAUUGCAGUGCCAUCUUUUUUUUCUUUCUGUCUUUCCUUCUCUCUGUUUUUUUCUUUCUUACUCCCGUACUAAAAACUUGGUGUUUUGCUGACAUUAACUUCGAGGACCAUUCGAACGUCUGUGAAAUGUUAACACGAUUGGAAAGGGCCACGCGUUAUUGACGUUCCUUGAGAGAUGCUGCGCUGAAAUUAUACUAACCAGUAGUGAGUGGACAAACCACAGUGACAUUAUCCCGCUUUCCCUAUGGCGCUGCACGUGAUCCUUUGUGCGUGGGCACGCCAACUUUCCCAUUACCUGCGAACACUUGGCCUACAGUAUGGAUCUAUCGAUUAUUGCACGUCAGUCAAGUCAAAAAGGUUCAACUAAAAGGCAGGUGGGCGGAGCUGCUGCGUCUGACGUAACAAUUAAUUUAUUUUAGUUUUUUUUCCUUCUUCGCUGCUGAGCCCUUUCGCUGCCACAAGCGAGCUCACAAUAGCCUUUUUUUUUUUUUUUUUUUUUUUUUGUGGACGCCAUGCUCUGUGAAACAUGUCCCAAUUUCCGUUCUGGCGCCGCGGCUAGCGCGUCGAUUUUUGCAGCCCACGUAAAACCACGACAGCGCCAUCUUUUGGCCAUGUCAGAUCGAGGAGCUGUACCGACCGCCUGUAUGAAAAUGUAGUCAUUCAAAGGCGCGCAAUUCGUCGCCAGCGGUGCUCCUCUAGAAGCAAUUUCUGUGCAAGAGGUUUACUCUGUUCCAGAGUCGCCCGUGACAUAUUGAAACACUGUAACCGUGCGCAAGAAGGUGUCGAGAAAUAGACAUGCGCGUGAAGAGAAACGAGGCAUUGGAAGGUUGCAGCGCAACGUUCACGGCCGACGAUGCCACAUGGACGCUUACGGCGUCGAUAGUGAUAUUUACCAUGCAGACAGGCUUCGGCCUGCUCGAGUCCGGCUGCGUGUCGCGCAAGAACGAGGUCAACAUCCUCAUGAAGAACGUGGCCGACGUGGUCGUGGGCGGCCUGGGUUACUGGAGCUUCGGCUACGGCCUGCAGUUCAGCUCGGGUGGCGGCAGUGCGCUGUUCAACGGCUUCGGCUUCUUCCUGGUGGACGCCGAGCCGCAGGACAUGGGCCGCACGUUCACCUGCUUCCUGUUCCAGCUGUCGUUCGCCACCACGGCCACGACCAUCGUGUCCGGGGCGAUGGCCGAGAGGACCAGCUUCACGGCGUACUGCCUCUUCUCGUUCCUCGACACGAUCGUCUUCUGCAUCCCGCCUGGUUGGCUCUGGGCCAGCCGAGGGUUCCUGCGCCAACUGGGCGCGCUGGACUUUGCGGGCGCCGGGUGCGUCCACCUGCUGGGCGGCAUGUCAGCCCUGGUGGCCGCUGCCUACCUGGGACCCAGGACGGGACGCUACGGGAGUGGUCCGCCGCCCGAAUUGGGAAACCCGACUAGCGUAUUGCAGGGUGUCUUCACGCUAUGGUGGGGUUGGUUGGUUUUCAACGCCGGCAGCACAGUCGGCGUGACGAAUAACAAGUGGAAGUACGCAUCAAGGUCGGCGGUAAGCACCAUCAACGGUUCACUCGGAGGAGCCCUUGUUGGAAUACUGUUGUCGUAUGCCAUACACAGGAAAUUUCUUGUCCUCAACAUCGUCUCGGGUCUCCUGACCGGGCUCGUUUCAGUCACAGGCGGCUCGGCGUACCUGGGUGCCCUGGACAGCGUUCUGGUGGGCUCACUAGGCGCCCUGCUGUCCAGCGGCGUAUCUCCACUGCUCAGGAGGUUCCGCAUCGACGACCCCGUGGACGUGGUGUCCGUACACGGUUGUGGCGGGGCUUGGGGCCUGCUGGCCAUCGGCCUAUUCAUGCACGACGUCGCCGACGACGACCAAGAUGGCCAGUGUAGCCGCUGCGGCCUGUUCAAGGGAGGCAGCGCCUAUCUACUCGCUAUACAGGCGCUCACGUGCGUCUCUAUCGCGCUCUGGAGCACCGUGACCACUUACAUUAUGCUCGUGAUCGUGAACUGGCUGGUGCCCAUCCGGAUGAGCCUCGAACACGAGGUGCUGGGUGCCGACCUCGUCGAGCACGGCAUCGUGCACCCGGACAUCGACUACGCGCAGCUCCUGAGGAGCAACGGUCUGGAGCCCAGCAAGCUGCUGCCGCCCCGUACGGCGGACCGGCUCGACAGGGAGGCUUGGGACCUGCGCCUGUGCCGCAGCUACCUGGCCGAACGGCUCGGGGGACGGGGCGUCCAGCAGCGCGAACCCAAUGCCUUCUGGAGUUUCUUCAGGAGGCGCCAACAAGUGAAGCAGACGCUUCCAUGAGCCGGCAGAGCCCUCAGCAAACGAGUGCUGUACAGUUAGAAGAGCGGCGUAAAAAUAUGCUUCUCGCUUCGAAGCCUAACGUGCGAAAGUGCAGUGUAUGCCGUGUAUAUCAUAAAUAUGUGUUUUCUGCCCAA